ACCAAGCCACACCCACGGUGCCGGCCCUCCCUUCCCGGUCACCUGUCACCACUCCCCGAACGUGGCUUCCCCCCUCUCACCACCCGCCCAUCCCCUGACCUUGCCCCGGGGAUUAUCUCCAGACCCUGUACAGAGAAGGAUUCUGUGACAUUUGCCAACACUUCCUCCAAUUGCCUUGGCAAUGGCGCCGUCUCCUAAUGAGGGAGGGAGGGCUCGGGCUGAGGCUCAAAGGGUGGGGCAGAGAAGGGAGAGACGCACUGGGGGCGCAGGGGAGAGGCCGUGUCCAGGCCAGGCCACCGGAAGGCUGGGUGGUCUUCAUCAAACACAGGGGAUGAUUUCCAAAGUGCUGACCCUGCCCACCUCCUCCCCAGUGGCCUUCACCCUGGGAGCGGUCGGUUGGAGAGCAGCGUCAUCCAAGUCCAGUCCCAUCACCUGUCCUUGGAACCUGAGAACGUCACUCCGCUGUCACCCCUUCUUGCCCACCUCGCCCCCUCUCCUCCAACACCUCCCGGGCCUCCGAUCGCUCGCCAUCAGCGAGCCCAACCGCCUUCCUCUGGGUCUGCCUCCGGGUUUCCGCUGCCCUCUUCCCUACUGCCCUUCUCAGCUCUGCAACUCAGAAGCCGUGGGUGUCCCCGGACGCCACAGGCUCCUGCCUGCUCUGCCCAUGGCCCCCUGCACCCGGCCCCUGCUGCGUGACACUGUCCCCCGCCCACACUAUCUGUCUCUUGGUCCGUUUGGGCUACUACAGCCAAAUACCACAGACUCGGUGGCUCAUCUCUUUCUCAAAUUUCCGGAGGCGGGAAGUCCAAGACCAGUGCACCGGGACAGUUGGCUUCUGUGUGAUGGCCGACAGCUUCGAAGCCUCAUCCUCCCUGUCCCUUGUGCCCCACACGGGGGCAAGCUGAUGUCAAAGCCUCCGGGCUCCCUUCCUCGGCAUCAGAGGGGAGUUCGCACCACCCACAGGAACCCCCGCCCCUGCUCUAGCUCCAAACAAGACAGAGACACCCCCCCACCCCCCGCCCAGUCUCCUUUCCAUGCCCUCUCAAGUCGUCUUCUGACUACCUUGGGGGCCUGCCGUGCGAUCCCAGGAAGCCUCAGUGUGUGAUUUUGAGUAAAAACCAGCUCUACAGAGAGAAAUAUUGAACAGCUCUGAACACCCAUGAGAUCUCGUGUGACCAAGUUGGACCCCAGAAGUGUGGAGAGUCGGCAUGAGGGUUAGAAAACCCACUCCAGCAAUAGAUAUGUACAAAUAGCUGCUACAGCUCCAGAGACAAAAAGUAGAUUCGUGGGUGCCAGGGGCUGGGAGAGGGUGGGAGGGGUGUUGGGGGAGCAACGGAAGUAACUGUUAAUAGGGACAGGGCUUCUUUGGGGAAGUGAUAAACACGUUCCGGAAUUAGAUUGUGGUGAUGGUGGCACAAGUCUGGAUAUACUAAAAACCAUUGCAUUGUAUAGUUUAAAUGGGUGCAUUUUAUGGUAUGUGAAUUAUAUCUCAAUAAAGCUGCUGUGUAGAAACA